GUGCCAGACUGCCGCUCCUGACUCUCCUGGCCAUGGGCCCGCGGAGCCGCGAGCGUCGGGCGGCGGCAGUGCAGAGCACCAACGACAGCAGCGCCCUCAGCAAGAGCUCCCUGGCCGCGCGCGGGUACGUGCAAGACGCCUUUGCCGCCUUGCUAGUUCCGGGGGCCGCGCGCCGCACGCCUCUCAUCCACCGCGGCUACUACGUCCGCGCACGCGCCGUGCGGCACUGCGUGCGCGCCUUCCUGGAGGGGGCGUGCGCGUUCCCCGGAGCGCCUCGUGCCCAGAUCCUGUCUCUGGGCGCCGGCUCCGACUCACUGUAUUUUCGCCUCAAAACUGCUGGCCACCUGGCCGUUGCUGCCGUCUGGGAGGUAGAUUUUCCGGACGUGGCGCGGCGCAAAGCGGAGAGGAUUCGAGAUACGCCAGAACUGUUGGCGUUAACCGGGCCUUUCCAGAGCUGGGACCCCACGUCCACGCUGUGCUUUGAGAGCUCGGACUACCGGAUCCUAGGCCUGGACCUGCGGCAGCUCCAGCGGUUGGACCAGGCCCUGUCCGCCGCGGGCCUUGACGCGGCCGCACCGACUCUGCUCCUGGCUGAGGCCGUACUGACCUAUCUGGAGCCGGCUAAUGCCGCGGCCCUUAUCGCCUGGGCUGCCCAGCGUUUCUCCAGUGCCAUUUUCGUCAUCUAUGAGCAGAUGAGGCCGCAUGACGCCUUUGGCCAGUUCAUGCAGCAACAUUUUCGGCAGCUGAAUUCUCCCCUGCAUGGCCUGGACCACUUUCCUGACGUGGAGGCCCAGCAGCAGCGAUUCCUUCAGGCCGGCUGGACUGCCUGCAGUGCCAUGGACAUGAAUGAAUUCUAUCGCUGCUUUCUCCCCGCAGAAGAACGCCGGCGCAUGGAAAACCUUGAACCUUUUGACGAAUUUGAGGAGUGGCACCUGAAGUGCGCCCACUAUUUCAUUCUGGCCGCUUCUCGAGGAGACGCUGUCUCCCAAACUCUGGUGUUUCCACCAUCAGAGGCCUUUCCUCGGAUAGAUCCUGCUUCCCCUUUAGGAGUCUUCCCAGCCAGUGUAGUGACCAGUGACAGACAGGGGCCAGACCUGAAACGAUAUGGCCAUGCUUCUGUCCUUUUGAGCCCAGGUAUUAUUCUCAGUGCAGGAGGGUUUGGAGAGCAGGAGGGACGGCAUUGCCGAGUGAGCAAGUUUCACGUGUUCUCAAGAUACUGUGACUUUGAAUGGAAAGGUAGCCAGAUACGCAGCUGGGGGACUGGAGCUCAGUGGGAUGGACGCCUUCAUCACACCAUGACAAGACUUUCAGAUACUCAGGUUCUGGUUCUGGGAGGGAGACUGUCCCCAGUAACUCCAGCCUUGGGGAUUCUCCAACUUCGUUUUUCUAAGAGUAACGAGAAUAAUAACACUGAGGACCUAAAUGUAGCAAUAACAAAGGCGGGUCCAGAAGAAGAUUCCACUUUGUCAUGUUGGCGCCAUUCCACAACAGAAGUGUCUUAUGAGAAUCAGAAGUAUUUGUUUGUGUAUGGGGGUCGCAGUGUGGCAGAACCUGUCCUGGGUGACUGGCAUUUCCUCCAUGUGGGGACAAUGGCGUGGGUCAGGAUCCCAGUGGAGGGAGAAGUACCUGAAGGUCGGCAUUCCCACAGUGCCUGCAGCUGGCAAGGGGGGGCCCUCAUUGCUGGAGGUCUGGGUGCUUCUGAGGAGCCGCUGAGCUCUGUGCUCUUUCUGAAACCAGUCUCUUGUGGAUUCCUCUGGGAAUCAAUAGUUAUCCAGCCUCCCAUUACCCCAAGGUACUCCCACACAGCUCAUGUGGUCAAUGGGAAGCUUCUGUUGGUCGGAGGGGUCUGGAUUCAUUCCUCCUCAGUUCCUGGAGUGACUGUUAUCGAUUUGUCUGCAGGAUUGAGCUUUGAGUAUCAGAUUGACACAACGUGUGUGCCAUGGCCAUUAAUGUUGCACAACCAUACCAGCAUCCUCCUUCCUGAAGAGCACCAGCUCCUGCUCCUUGGAGGUGGUGGGAAUUGCUUUUCCUUCGGCACCUACUUCAACCCCCAUACAGUGACAUUAGACCUUUCUUCCUUAAGUGCUAGACAGUAAGGACUGGACUUUUAGUAUAUUCAGGACCAACUAAAGUAAACAAUAAAGGUCUCCAAAAAUAG